CAUUGGCUUUGGGUGAUGGCCGCUGUUUCCUUCUUUCUGCAGGUCCACAGAGCAACGGCCACUAUUAUCGAACCGGCGGGAGAGUCAGACAACCCGCUACGAUUCACAACUGGGUUGGUCGUCGCCUUGGAUGUCGACGCAACUCUGGAACACGUCCAGGAUCCUCAGAACACGGUUAAAAUUCAGAUAUUAUAUCCUGAUGGGCAGGCCCAAGUAAUCCAUCCUAAACCAGCCGACUUUCGAAAUCCUGGACCGGGAAGGCACAGAUUAAUUACUCAGGUGUACCUCUCUCACACCGCCUGGACAGAGCCCUGUCAGAUUGAAGUGCGGCUGCUGCUGGCGUACAGUUCCGACAGGCACAAAUCUCCCGGGAGGUUUUCGUGGGCCCCCCGGGGGGACGGGGCCGAGCUUCUCCCGCAGUCCGAGAACAGCAUCGAAGGCACCAUCCCGUUCAGCAAGCCUGCCAAAGUGUACAUCAUGCCUAAGCCGGCCAGACGGUAAAGGCCUCUUGAACGUUUCUUUUUUUAAAAAAUAAAGGUUCUUUGGAUUUAUCUGCAAA